AAGACUUCUAAAUAUGACACAGGUUCACUGCUAACAACCAUCAACAUGAAGACUGUGAUAAUCUUAAUGGCAGUUAUUAUUCCAAUGGUACACGCAUUUGCCCUGAGGAUGUGUAAUACGGGGUCCGAAUGUAAUGCAGACGAAUGUUGUUUGUCCAACACCCCUCCCCGUGGACGCAGAUUCCUGGACACCCACAGUCACCUUGGACAUUGUGUUCCCAUGGGAACGGACGGGUCUAGUUGUCUUGUGAGAUAAUCACAUCUAACAACGAGACCGGAAGAUGUUGUAUACGCAUGCCCAUGUAGCAAUGGUCUACAUUGUCAUGGCAAUGGUGUGAAUGAGGUUCCACUCGGAGAAAGAGUUGUGCAUUGAAAUGGCAUGACGGAAUGGGGACAGCAAGCCGAUUUCUCUCUCCUGUUGAAUGUGCUCGCGGGGAGGAGGGUGGUGAAAUUGGAUCCAUCCUCAUCAUGUCCAUUGUGCUUGGGACACUUGUGGUGCCUACUGUUGUGUAUGGACAACGGCCGGAGUCCGACCUCGAUGCCGUAAAUAUCGUCAACGGGAUCAAUGUAACCGUUAGAUUGCUAGCGGCGGUGACACUGGUUGUUGCAUUUACUGCGAUUCACUACAACAUGCAGGAGUGGGUCAACUAUAAGAGCUCCAACAUGAUAAUAAAAACCAAAUUGGUAUUUAUCUGGAUUUUCGGAUUCGCCAAAAUGGUAUUCAUUGUGAUAGAAGUAGUUUUCUAUCUGAAAUGCAGAUAUCUAAUAUCACUGGAGUUGACAGAAAUUAUAAUCACUGACUGCUUCACAAGCAUCAUAUUUGUGAUUUUACAGCUUGUCUUUUUUCAGUUUGUUGCGCACUAUACGUUUACGACCAAACCCAUCAUUAAAUAUGUCUCCUCUGUUAUUGCCAUUGCAAAUUUUAUGGAUUUUUUCAUAGCGCUUACUUUAAGUGUCAACGAAAACAAAGAUCUCAUCUUCGACAGAAAUAGGGCAGAUAUAGAAAACUGCACCGGAUAUAGCCUGAAAGCUGUCAACAACAUCAUGUUUAUCACUGAAGCUUUCAAAGCACCAAUCGCUCUCCAAUUUUCAGCGCUGGCAAUAGCACUUGCUUUCAGUAUGAAGCCAGAUGCUGUAAAAUCAUCCAGUCAGUGUAAUAUUUUGGGCUUAAAAUUUUUAUGGACGUCUCCGAAGAGGUUGGGAAAGAUUAUCACUAUCAUUGUACUUAUGAAUGUCCCCCUUCUGGUUUGUGCACCAUUCAAUAUUCUAAAUUCCGAGAGUGAAAUUCAAUCCCGGAUAUGGUUGAGUUUAGUGUUGGCACAGAAGACGGCUGCUCUUAUUUGCAUUUUGUCUAUAAAUUAUCUGAUGUUUAAAAAACUGAAAUUAACCGUAAAAUAUGUCAGCAUCAAUGCUAAUGAAUUCAUGCUUUUACUGAGUACCAUCGCGGUAAUAUCUUACAUGUCGAUUCAAGCGUUUUACCAACGUGACGUCGAUGGUAUUCUGACGUCAUUGAUUGUCAUUAGCCUGCCCUCUAUUCUAUACCAGGUCAUCAUCAUCUUAUUUGGGAGACGGAUGGAUCUCAUUGGCAAUGACAUUUCCGCUGUUCACUCGAUUCAGCAACUUGUGCUUAUCCUUGGUUGCCAGAACAUAGCAGUAUGGUUCAAUGAUUUUCUAUACGGCGUCUGGGACAUGUUAAAUGACCAUAUACUCCGACAUGGUGUAUUCAAGUAUAUAGCACUCAUGUUGUACCCUUUGUUAGCCUACUAUAGGUUUCAGUCGGCUAUGGAGCUGAUGGAGUUGUACCACCAUGUGUCUUGAUAUACAAAUGUAUAAAAAAUAUGCAAUUGCUUUGAAUAAAAGUU